GCUCCAGCUGUCUGUAUAUAAGCUACAGCAGGGUAAACACAACUGGCAGUGGAUGACGUUUUCGUUUAUCUUUCGCUUAUCUUUUGUGCAUCUGUUUAGUGCGUAGCCUCAAUAUAAUAUUACACAACAAAUCGAAUAAUCCGGACGUGUCACAGUGCGGGUUGUAGAACCAAAGCCAUGGAACCAGUACCUCCGCUGUGUGCUGACAGGUCCCACCCCGCCUGCGUUGAAGGUUGUUGUAUCACUUGUGUGUCACUUGUGUGCAUUAUUAUUUCCAGAGACUGAACUUCCCCUUGCCUCUGGCCGGUGGCCUCUGGCCGACCGGUGCUUGCAUGCAGCCGAAUGGAUCAGAAGAACCGCCUCCCAGUGAGCGCCAGGGUCCCUCGUUCUCCAUCUCCAGCUCGCUGCCCUCAGCCUCCCGGGUGAGGAGGUUCGUCCGGGAGCGACGGGCUCUGCCUCUGCCCAGAGUGAUGGUCGUGUUCUCUGGGGACACUGAGAACCCGGGCGAUGCCAUGUCGAGUUCGGACAGUGCGCAGGAUGACUUUAGGAAGCCGUCCACCCCAAACCGUAUCCUGGGCAAGGUGCUGCAACGCUCAACCUUAAACUCGCCGCAGGAGUUUCCCGAGGUCAUCCCUCUCAACGUGGGGGGGACGUACUUCACCACCCGUCUGUCGACUCUGAGGCGCUACGAGGACACCAUGCUGGCCGCCAUGUUCAGCGGACGUCAUUACAUCCCCCGUGACGCAGAGGGACGGUUCUUCAUCGACCGAGACGGGGCCUACUUUGGGGACAUCCUGAACUUCCUGCGGGAGGGCGAGUUGCCCCACCGGGACCGUGUGCGGGCGGUGUAUCGGGAGGCGCAGUACUAUGCCCUCGGGCCCCUGCUGGACAACCUGGAGGACAUCCAGCCCUUGACCGGAGAGAAAGUGCGUCAAUCCUUUCUUGAUCUGCUGCCCUACUACAAAGACAACCUGAAGAGCAUCGUGGAGAUCGCUAAGCUGCGCGCCAUGCAGAGGAAGGCGCGCUUCGCAAAGCUCAAGAUCUGCGUGUACAAGGAGGAGAUGCCCAUCACGCCGUACGAGAGGCCGCUCUUCAACUCGCUGCGCUUCGAGCGCACGGAGAGCGAGGCCAAGCUCUUUGAGCACCACUGCGACGUGGACGUGUCCUUCGGACCCUGGGAGGCGGUGGCGGAUGUGUACGACCUCCUGCACUGCAUUGUGGGAGACCUGGCUGAACUGGGCAUCAGCGCGGAGCAGCAGUGCAUAGGCGUGUGUGACAAGCAUCUGAUCAAUCAUUACUACUGCAAGAGGCCCAUCUAUGAGUUCAAGAUCACAUGGUGGUGAAGGGGGUUGGGCUGGGGGCUGACGACAGAGAGGUGGAGGGUUGGCUGGUGCUGUUCUUUGGGCCGAAAGAAGACAGGGCUCCUAUUCUAGUUUUUGCAUAGUAAGGAUUUGUCAUGUUUUUACAAACUGCUCUUUAGGUCAAUGUUUGGCUCAUGGAGUUUUGGCAGGCUUAUUUUGUACAGUGAGGAUAUUGAAGUUAAGACUGAAGUUCAAACGGUUUGAAAACACAGUUAUGGAAUGAUAAAAUGGGUUGAAUGUAAUUUAAUUUUACCUGUUUAAUUCACGUCUCUACAUUCUGCGUCCAUGUGGAAGCUAUUCAUGCAUUAGGUUGGUGGCGUCUUAUGCAUUUAUAUGCAAUGAUUCACAGGCUUUAACAUCUGUAAAGCUCAUCGGUAAAGCUGUUCUAGCUGCGUGUUACACCACAUCAUGGCCAAACGUCAGAAACCUCUACGCACAAUGAAACUGUUACAUCUACUUGGCCUGAUAGUGGCUAAACCCCACUGAUGGAGCAUUUAGAGAGGACCCCGGAUGGGUUCUGGUCACUGCAUAAACUUACAAGAAUGUGGUGAGGUUAAAGACUUUGAAAGGAAAAAAGUACUUGAGGACUUAAGAUAAUAAAUAUUUGUAAAGCUCUUUCCUGUUUUAGGUGGAUGAGAAUGGAGGAGUUGUACUCAACUGGCACUGUUUAUUUUGGCAAUGUUAAUGCGUUCAUGUUUUACCAAACAACGAUAUGGAGAGGUAUCCGUAUACAGUACAAUAACAGCUGUUAAAAGGAAUACUAACCACUUGGAAGAACCUUUAAAGAACCCCACGGAGAGCUCCUCUAAAAAUUCCGGGGACUUCCGAGGACUAGGAAUGGAUGAAUGAAAUAUCUCGUUUUAUUUUUUCCUUGCCUAAGUCCGCUUUAAGCAAAAGCUAACAUUUCCAGUUUUUUAUUUUUUAUUUGGUCAUGUAAAAUGGUGAAUGAAAUAUGAAACUCAUACUCAUCCUGAAAUGAAUGCAAUGUAGCUUGUUGUAUGUGUAAGUAUUCAAUAUGUCAACAUGUAAAUAUUUUUUACUUUUGGAAUCACAGGGAUCCAGUUAUGUCUUUUAUGUUGUAAAAUUAUCAUAAAUUAUUUAUUGCCAUACUGCUAUUUAACAAUUUAAACUCAAUUCUAGUCCAAGGGUGUGGGACGGGCUGUUCUGAUGGGACUGGAGCACGCAUCAAUCUAAAGCCUGAAUAUGUAUUUAAAGGGCUUUUGUUACACAUGGAUUUGCAUGUGCAUCCCAAGAUCAAAAACGUUUCUCUUCAUGCAAUUUUACUGAACAUCUUAGUUUACUAUCUAUUUAGCUCAUAAUAGAAUAGCAUUAACUCAAGUCUCUGCCUUGUCACAGCCAAGCCAGUGAGCGUUGUGGUGCAAAUAAUAUAGUAGGCAAUAUUAAGUUUCCCUCGAUAUAAACUUUAUUAUUUUGACAUGUUUGAAGCGAAACUUUUCUUGAAGUAUAACUUAAAUGCAAGCACCUUUCAUGUUCAUUAUAAUUAAGCUCAAAUGGUAUUUAACAGAAUCUCAGGUGUUCACAAAAAAUUAUUUAAUUGAAAAACAUUUGCAAAAGAAGCCUGCAAUUGGUGCACUGGAUCCAGUUAUUUCACAUGUUGUGCCAGGAAUACGUUUUAAAAUGACAUUCAUUCAGAAAAUUGUAUCCCGGGCAUCUUUUUUUCUGUAGACAUAGCAGUGUGUGCCCUCAGGCUUAUGUCAUUGUGCUAUAUAGUGCUCACUGUCUGACCUACCCCGUAGAGCAUAGUGAACACCAGUCAAUACCACAUCAUUUAUAUUUGCUCUGCAUUCUGUUUAUUUGGAUGGUGUUUGACAACAUGUUCCACUCUUUAUGGAUUCGUUUUUAUGAAGUUGAAUUUAGUUUGGUGUCCAGUUUAUAAGUGCCUUUUAGUCAGUGCUAACCCUUACCCUAAUUAAUACAUUAAAGAUGUUAUUUCUUUCAUUGAAAAUUGUCUGAAGGUUACUCUAAAUUUUAAAUGUAUUAUUUUACUUCCUCCCCGUAAAGUCUAUCUAAAAAUAUAAUUUGCUGAUAAAUUACAAAACCAAAAACAUCAUUUGCCAUUUCAAUUCAUAAUUAAUAUACAUUAGACGAAAUCUGCUAAUGUCACUUAGCAAUAUGGAGCUAAAAUGUCUUUUGAAUGGGUUGAUGAUCGGUGAUGUCAACUUUCUAAAAUAUUCAGUAGACCUAUACAGUAUAUAUUUUACCUUUGUUGUCAAAAUACCCUUUACAAAACAGCUUUUGUGUUCCCCUGCAUUUGUUUGAGAUUAGGUACAUUUAUGAGUAUCCUCUCUGAUCCCCCUUUUUCAGCUAUUAAAUGUUUUUGUUUGUUUUGUCAUUUUCUUUCUGGAGCCCCAGCAGGCUUGUUUUUCUUAGUUUUAAGCACUUGCUAUUCCAAAUAAUAUUGUCGUUCAGGCAAUUUGGUCUUACUAUGUUGCAUUGUUCGUUCGUCAUGCAAUGUUGUAUGGUACUGACUGACAGUGAUGUAUAUUUUAAGGAUUUUAUAAAGAAUAUUGUUUGCCCUAGUCUGUUUAAAGCACUGUCUCUUUUAUAUUUUGUAUUCCCUAACGAGGGUUACGGUCAUUUUUCUGGUUAUGGUUCAUUUAUUAAGACUUAAAUAAUGAUAGAUAUUUAAUUUCUGUGGUUUCAGGCAUACACUUUCCAUCUAGAAGUCAGGUGAUCACAUGUUGAGCUCUAACACAUGAUAGACUAAUGGUGCGUUCAAAUCGCUGGAAAUUAUGGGGAAAACAUUUUCGCGACGUCGGAAAGUUCUCGUGAACGACACCUCAUGACGCUCUUGAUUCUACAUCCGUUUGGCAACUGGGGCCAGAUUUUGAUAACAGAGUUGCCCAGUUGGUGACGUAUGAUUUACUAGUGACGUGCAUGAACAUGGCAGAACAUGAACGUUUAACUCAAUAGAAAAUAAUCAACCAUCAUAUCCAAUACUUUACUAUUGACGUGUUAACUGUCUAUUGGCAUCAACUUUGCUCCAUUUAAAAUGUUGUCUACUGGUAAGCCAGCUCUAGAUAAGGGCAUGUGUACCAUUCCAUACAGUGACAAUUCAACGUGCUUCUCUUAAUCAAAAGCAAAAGGAUAGUAGGUGAUAUGCUAAAAGGAAAUGAAGGCGUUCAAACUUGAAACUGAUCCUACUAAGUUCUGUUUAGUUUUGACAUUUUUUUAUCUGAUAAAAAAAACCUGCUGUGAAGAACUUUUAGAUUCCCAACGCAGUGUACGGUGUCGCUGUCGGGAACCCGCGUAAGCGUGAGUGUCAUCACUGGCGAGCUGCCCCUAGCAGACCAUGAAUGCACCUUAAGGGGCACAAGAUGGAACCAAUCAGACACAUUGCAGAUUUUGAGGUGAGGAACUUUUUUAAUAAACAUUUAUUGUUGUACCUGCAUCAAAUAAAUCAGGAUAAUAAUAUGUUAUGGAGAUGCUGAGUGAUGCACACAAUAAUGGGAAAUAAAUAUGAUCCCAGGUAAAGAUUUGCCUACCGUACCAGGUAGCUGUGCAUUACCAAUGAAGAUAUUUUCC